ACCCGCUCAACUUUAGCCACAAAAUUCAGCCAAAAAAAAAGAAAAAAUACCUUAGCAGCUGCAUCCACCACGCGUCCACGCCCCCCAUCAUCGGCCCCUCCUUCCGUGGCCACCCCUCCAAAAAAACUAUUUACAUUUUAAUCCCUAGCCGGCCCAUCCGGCCACCGGAAGGAGAAGCUUGCCGGAGGAAGCCUGUCUCCUUGGUCCUUGCCCUGCGGCGGGGUCAUGGGGUUCUCGCUGUACCCCAUGAAGACGUCCACGCGCAUGCUCUGGAGCACCAGCUUCUUCCGCCAUAAGCUCGCGUCCUGCUGCUUCUUCUGAGCCAGCCCACCAGCCUCGGUGGCGGCGGGUGCUGAGCAGCCCUAGUCGCCGGUGAAGUGUGUUUAUGUGUGCGCGCGCGCGUGCGGCGGGCGUGCACGGGUUUCAAGAUUGGGUUUUGUGGUGUUCUUGGGGAGGAAGGGGCUAGGGAGUUCAAGAACAAGAACCAGCAUGAAUCCGGGCCGCGUGGGGUUCGACUCCGGCGGCGCGCGGCAGCGCGCCGGCGUGCAGAUGCUGCUCUUCGGCGGCGGCAGCGGCAGCGCCAACAGCAACGGGUUCUUCCGAGGCGUUCCGAUGGCGGUGCUGGGCAGGGACGACGACGCACGGGUGGGCAAACGGCCCUUCUUCACGACGCAUGAGGAGCUCCUGGAGGAGUACUACGACGAGCAGGCGCCGGAGAAGAAGCGGCGCCUGACGGCGGAACAGGUGCAGCUGCUGGAGCGGAGCUUCGACGAGGAGAACAAGCUGGAGCCGGAGCGGAAGACCGAGCUGGCGCGGCGGCUGGGGAUGGCGCCCCGGCAGGUGGCCAUCUGGUUCCAGAACCGCCGCGCGCGCUGGAAGACCAAGCAGCUGGAGACCGACUUUGACCGCCUCAAAGCCGCCUACGACGCGCUCGCCGCCGACCACCAGGGCCUCCUCGCUGACAACGACCGCCUCCGGGCACAGGUGAUCUCCCUAACCGAGAAGCUACAAGGCAAGGAGACGUCCCCGUCAUGGACCAUCGCGGCGCAAGAGGUGGACCAGCCGGACGACCACACCACCGCGUCAGGCACGGAGAAAUUGCUGGCGCAGCAGCUCAAGGAAGACCUCAGCAGCGGGGACUGCACCGGCCACGGUGUGCUCUCCUCGGAGGAGGACGGCGGUGUUGUCAGCGAUGAGGGCUGCAGCUUCGACCUCCCGAACGCCAUGUUCGCCCACCACGCCGCGGACGAGGAGGCGCAGCUCGGCAGCUGGACCUCCUGGUUCUGGAACUGAUCUAGAUGGAUCCAUGCAUCAAGUGCAAAGAGCAAGACCUCUCGUGGUUUCGAUCCUUUCUGCACUGUAUAAUUAUUGUGUUUGUUAUGUGCCAUCAAAUGUUUUUGAGUAAUCGAACAAAACUGAUGUUCUACGUUUAUGUUUUGAAUGUUUUAUAUGUUCAUAUAUGAUAACAUGAAUUGAACAUGUGACUCGAAAGAUUGGAACAAGUGGACGUGGUGACCAAUUGUGCAAUAGAAGGCCUCUUGUUCUGGUUAAA